AUGUUCUCAAACGAUGAAGGCAAAGAGAAUCCCGAGAAGGCCGAUUGUCAACUCGGGGGCGCCGGCCCCUCAAACCAGCCAGUCCCGGAGAACGUCCAUAAAGAUAAUGAGGAGUUUGCAGGAAUGCACCCAGAUCGACAGGCUAUCUUAUGGAAGAAAAAGAAACACAUUCGAUUUCCCCGUGCGGAGCGCAAGCGCAUGUUGCAACAAAAAGCUCUCAACGGAAAUGAAGAUCGGAUUCGUCGGGCCAUUCUGGCCGAGUUGGAGCAAAUGGACAAACACUGGGAUAAUCUCACGAAGCUGUUCGUCGCGCUUGCGAAGCUGGAGGAGAACAAAGAGGAGGAGUAG